AUGAGCAAUCAAGCAUGGAUGAGGUUGGCGGAGGCUAGGAAAGCAAGAGAGUUAUCUGCCCGGACAAAAGGUUCUUCUGCAACGUCAGCGACUGAUCCAAAGGUGGACAAAUCUAGCCCUGCAGGGGAUGCAGGCGUGUCUGAUCUGCUAAAGACGCAAUUUCUAUCAAGUCCAUCCUCUUGUGCUGAGCUGGUUGACCAAAUCCGUCAGGCUGUCGAUCUUGGUACUUUUUCAAGUCUUUCCUUGGAAAAGCAAAAGGAAGCGACACUUCAUCUGCUUCAAAAGGGAAUAGUUUUUGCUGCUGAGACCAUUCAGAACUCGUCUGCUGUUGCCCCAUCUUCUGUUCAGCUCAGCGAGUUGGAGAAGAAGAAUGCCGAGUUAGUUAGCAAACUUUCCGCCGAGCAGACCCGUUAUGAGAAGAAGACGUCUGAUUUGCGGGCGAUGAUAUCUGAGUGGAAGAGCUCCCUUGCUGAGAAGGAUUCCGAGCUUAACUCUUCUGCUGCUGACUUGGCAAGUCGAAAAGAUGCUUACUUCCACCUUGAGCGCAAGAAUGCCGACAUCUCUCAUAGCUAUAACAAGCUUUUGGCUAGAUUUCACGCCUAUCAUGAGUCUGCUGAGGAAUCCAAGUCCGAAGUUGCCAUGGACGCGUACAAGUUGGGCUACUUGGACUGCACAAAAGGAUAUGAUCCCCUCUACGCCAUUGGAGAUGAAGACAUCGAGAUGCUCUAUCCAGACUUGCCCCCUGCGAAAAGUGAGGAGGCUAAUGCUGUGAACACCGAAGGAGCUGAUGAGCAGGUGGCUAAAGAGGCGGUAACUGAGGAAGAUGGAGCAGAGGAGGAUGCAACCGAUGAGGUGGUGGCAGACGUCAUAUAA